AUGGUUUUCACCUCUCAAAGUUUUAUUGAUGACGUUCAAAGAUUAAUUAACUUUUAUCUCUGUUUUAACAGAACAGACAACAUCGGUGCGCAAGAGUGUAUCCGGAAAUUCAAAAACAGGGGAUUAUUUUCAAUCCCGAAGCCCUGCCGCGCGAAAAGUAAAUCAAAGAGUAUUCCAGAAAGUGAAUUUGCAACUUUGAAUUCAUUAAAUACUCAGUACAAUUUGAAUUGGAAUUUAACAGGUGAUGUUUGCAGUAACCUUAAAUCAGUAAUUGGAUGUGAUCAACAAAAUGUUAUAUCAUUAACACUACAUCCAUCCAAUCAAAGUAAUUCAGUUUAUUUAAUAGAUAUUAAAAAUCUUACACAAUUAGAAGAGAUUCAUAUUUACAGUGGUUAUAUCAUUGCAUCUAGUUAUUGGCAAGAUACAAUUUAUACUCUUGAAAGAUUAAAAUCAUUUUAUUGUUAUGAUAAAUGUUUUAAUUCAUUACCAACUUGGAUAAAUGUUACUGCUUCCAUCCCUUCCAAUAUAUUUUACUCAAAUAUUAGAAGUUUAUCUUUACCAAAUCUAAAUGAUAAUGUAGCAUUACCAAUUUUAGAUGGUGAAAAUGAUAAAAUUGUUUAUUUACAUAUAACAAAUACAAUUAAAAGUAUUCCACAAUCUUAUACUCAAUUUAAAAACCUUAGAGAAUUGGAAGUCUAUUCAUCAAAUUCUACUAUCACUUUUAAUUCAUUUGAUCAAUUUGAAAAAUUGGAAGUAUUAUAUUUAAAGCAUCCAAAGAAUUCAUCCAAAUCACUCUUCCCAUCUUCAAUUCAACAAUCAAAAUCAUUAAAAAAGAUUAAUCCAUCUUUAUUCCAAACCUUGUCAUAUCCAUCAUUUAUUCAUGGUUCAAAUUUAACUUCAAUUGAUUUACAAGGAAAUGAUUUAAAAACAUUUAAAAUCAAUAUUUUUAGUUUUAAUGAAGUAUCAUUAAAAAGAAAUAAUAUUGCAGAGUCAAUGCCAAACGGAAACUAUUCUGUCUUUAAAUCAUUGAAUAUAAUGCACAACAAUAUUGUUGGAACUGUUCCAGAAGGUUUAUGUCGUUCCUUUGAAACCUCACUCAGUUACAAUAAUUUCACUGGUCCAGUCCCCGAUUGUUGGUUGUGCAGUCCUUAUUUGGUUGCUCCAUACGUAUUACCAAAUAAUUUUUCAAAUUAUCAAUACCCAAUUAAGAAACUUGGUUGUCAAUCAUUUGAAAUUUAUGAUUAUAAUCAAUCAAUUUCUACAAUGGGCGGAAGUAUUAUAAUUGAGGGUAAAGAUUUUGGAUGGACAAGUGUAAGAGCAAAUUCAGCAUCAUUGCCAUUAGUUGUAUUGGUACCAAACAACCAACUCGCUAUAAAGGUGCCAGCUGGAACUGGUAGAGGGUACACUACAUCUCAUUGGUUUGAUGAUAAUCAAAUACUCUAUAAUUUCACCUAUGGUUAUUUACCACCCGUCGUCGACUCUAUCGUCAUUCUCGAUGAUAAUGAAACAUCAAUAUUUAUAUCUGGAUCAAACUAUGGUAUCAAUUCUACUCUUGUCACCUUGUCCAUUAAUAAUGUCCAACAUGAAAUCCAAUUUAUUAAUCAUACCUUGAUUACCAUCCCACGUGACAGUGAAUUGGGUAGUGGCCAGGAAAUAUUAAUCACACUCUUGGUAGACGGUCAAUCAUUCAAUGCCACAAUGAUCAUUCAAUCUGAUUUUGCCAGUCCAUCAAUUUCCAUCUAUCAACAACUAUCAACUAGUAAUCUAUUCACAUUUAUCUUUAUCAUUUUAAUUUUAAACGUGGUAUAA